AUGAACGCGGCCGGUUUCCCCUGCCUGCGAGGCAUGUGCACGCUGCCGGCGCCCAGCCCCGCGGCCAGCCCCGGCUCCCCCGGGCCGCCGCGGGGGUCUCCGCAGGCGCCGCCGGUGAAGCCGGAGCCGCGGGGCGCCGGGAGCAGCCCGGCCCCGGCCCCGCCGCCCGAGGAGCCGCCGCCCCCCGCCGGGGGCCGCCGGAGGAAGCGGCCGGUGCAGCGGGGCAAGCCCCCGUACUCCUACAUCGCCCUCAUCGCCAUGGCCAUCGCCAACGCCGCCGAGAGGAAGCUCACCUUGGGGGGCAUCUACAAGUUCAUCACCGAGCGUUUCCCCUUCUACCGGGAGAACCCAAAGAAGUGGCAGAACAGCAUCCGCCACAACCUCACCCUCAACGACUGCUUCGUCAAGAUCCCCCGGGAGCCCGGACAUCCCGGCAAGGGCAACUACUGGACGCUGGAUCCGGCUGCAGAGGACAUGUUUGACAACGGGAGCUUCCUGCGCCGGAGGAAGCGCUUCAAGCGCACCGACAUCACCACCUACCCCGGCUACAUGCAGAACUCCAGCGCCUUCACGCCCCCGCCCGCCGGCCGCCCCACGGCACCCGCAGCGCCCUACCCCAAUGCCCUGUGCUCGCCUGGCUACGGCCCCCAGCUCUCCGGCACCGUCUUCCACCCCUACGCGGCCGGGGCGGCACCGCCGGCACAGCACCCCAGGAUGUUCAGCAUCGACAGCCUCAUCAGCGGGCAACAGGCCCUGCAGCCCUCGCCGCCCUCCGAGCUGGGCCACCCGUCGCUGGGCUUGCCCGGAGCCGAGCUGGCUCCUGCCUGCUCCGCCGGCAGCUCCGAGCCUCCCUGCUUCCAGGCACAGCCCGUCAGCCCCGGCUUGCUGGGCCGCGCCGGCCCCAACUCCCUGGCGUACCCCUAUGCCGCCUCGCCCCCACACCUGCCCGUGGCUCAGGGCAGCUACUCGCCCAGCAGCCCGCAGCUCUACGGGGCUCCCAACAGACUGGCCCUGCCGGCCAUGCGGCCCCCGGCCUGUGCCGAGCACGGCGAGCAGCUCCUGGGGCUCUCCGCCUCACCCCUCGGCCAGUUCGGCUCCGGCAACACCUACAUGAGGCAGCCCAACUUCCCCGCUGGCCUGGAGCGCUACAUGUGA